AUGAAUUAUGGCAGGCUUCAACCAAAAUCAAUCUCCCAACCGGAAUUCACGCACGAUCAAUACGAAUCUGGAUCGUCGGAGCCACCUAAGAAACCAAGGUCAAAGCUAAAGCUCCUUCUUAUAGUCGGAAUCACACUCAUUGUUGCGUCGGCGGUAUCGGUGGCAUUAGUGGUGGCCCUCCGAAACAAAGCCUCCGGCGGUGGUUCCGGUUCGAUGGUCCGACCGAAGCCGACGAAAGCCAUAUCCAGAGUCUGUAGCCGUACGCUUUACCAGAACCUCUGCGUCAACUCGUUUCUUGAUUUCCCGGGUUCACUCACCGCGUCGGUCAAAGACCUGGUUCACAUUUCGGUCAACAUGUCGCUGCAGCGCGUGGGAAGCGCGUUGUAUACGUCGACAGAUAUCAACAACGUGGAGAUGGACUUACGUGUACGAUCGGCGUACAAUGAUUGUGUUGAGUUACUGGAGGAUUCGGUGGAGCAGCUCUCACGGUCACUAACCACCGUCGCGCCUUCUUCUUCCGGCGACACACAGCGCGUGGGAUCCACUGACGACGUCAUGACGUGGCUCAGCGCAUCGCUCACCAAUCAAGAUACGUGUACGGACGGUUUGUCGGAGGCGGAGGACGGUGAGGUGAAGAGACUGAUGCAGGAGAAACUUAAGGACUUGUCGGAGCUCGUAAGCAAUAGCCUUGCUAUAUACUCGUCGGAAAGUGACGACGAUGAUGUCGAUGAGACUCCGAUUGAGAACCGGCGGCGGAGGUUAAUGUCAGAAGCUUCCGGCAAACGGUCAUCGGAGUUUCCAGAGUGGGUGAGCAAGAAGGAGAGACGAUUGUUGCAGAUGCCGGCGGCCGUAAUCCAAGCCGACAUAGUGGUGUCAAAAGACGGCAAUGGCACGUGCAAGACCAUCAAGGAGGCGAUCAAAAAGGCACCUCAGCAUAGCAGUCGCCGAUUUAUAAUCUACGUGAAGGCAGGAAGGUACGAAGAGAGAGAUUUAAAGGUGGGAAGAAAGAAGACGAAUUUGAUGAUAAUUGGAGAUGGAAAGGGCAAAACGGUCAUUACAGGAGGAGUUAGCGUAGCAGAUCAUGUGACCACAUUCCAUACUGCUUCAUUUGCCGCAACCGGUGCAGGGUUCAUGGCACGUGACAUCACGUUCGAAAACUAUGCUGGCCCGGCCAAACAUCAAGCCGUUGCACUCAGAGUGGGUGCAGACCACUCGGUGGUUUACCGUUGCCAAGUGAUCGGUUAUCAAGACACGUUAUACGUGCACUCCCAACGUCAAUUCUAUCGCGACUGCGACAUUUAUGGAACCGUCGAUUUCAUUUUCGGUAACGCCGCAGUCGUCCUCCAAAACUGCAACAUUUACGCCCGAAAGCCAAUGGACCAGCAAAAGAUAACCAUAACAGCUCAAAACCGAAAAGACCCGAAUCAAAACACCGGGAUCUCGAUCCACUCGUGCAAGCUCCUAGCCCAACCGGAUCUUUUAAACGGAAGUUUCCAAACAUUUCUUGGCCGACCAUGGAAAAUGUACUCACGAACGGUGUACAUGUUAUCGUAUAUGGGCCAGCACAUUGACCCAAAGGGGUGGCUCGAAUGGGACGGGACGUUUGCCCUUGAUACGUUAUAUUACGGUGAGUACAUGAAUUACGGGCCAGGUGGGGCCAUCGGACAACGGGUGAAAUGGCCGGGUUAUCGGGUGAUCACGUCGGAAAUAGAGGCAAGCCGGUUCACGGUGGGAAAGUUUAUAUAUGGGUCGUCGUGGCUGCCGGCGACGGGAGUGGCUUUCGUGGCAGGGUUAUCGGCGUAAUGGUGACCGAUAUAAUGAAUUAUUUGCUAAUUUUUUGGGUGAAAAUUAGAAAAACGAAAGAAGGGUGAGACGGUAAUUUUGGCAGGAAAUUGAAGUCGCAACAGCGUGUGGGGUGUGAGUGAUAGUGACAAUUGUACCACUUGUGAAUCAUAUUAUUGUCGGUGGCGAUUAUAUAGUAUUAUGGUAUAUGGUAAAUGGCAAAAUUUAUUUACGUUCGGAUAGGGUUAGACAUUUCGGCAACAAUAAGGAAAGCUUGUUCAACAUUUAACCUUUUAAUACAAAUUUCUAUUAUUUCAACUCA